AGACUUUAUAAUCUAGUUUAUAUUGGAUCAUGCUCAACAAUAGAAACUUCAGAGUCGUGGUCUCUGUGCUUGUGGUCUUCUCGAUCAUUGCAUUUUUUGCCACUUCUCGUAACUCUCUUUCUCCAUCCAUUCAAAAGUUAAAGCCAGCCGUUUCUGGUGAUUCUAUCCCUUUCUCAGGUGAACAUGAUGAUGAAGUAGCCAACACUCUCAAGGGUACUCCUAACAACUCUCCUAACCCACCUUACUCCCAAGAAGGAAACAAGCCAGCUGGUGAUGCCGCCGCUGCCCCUGCAGCUGGAGCUGCAAAGGCCCCUUUCUCUGAUUCAAAGCCUAAAUUUGUUGCUGAUAAGUCUUCAAAUGAAGGGGAAUCUAAAAAGGUUAACAAACCAGAUAUUUCCAUUGAAGAUAAGACCGACAACACUCCUUGUAACAAGGAGGAAUACGUUGUUAUGAUCGAUGCCGGUUCUUCUGGUUCUCGUGUUCAUGUAUACAAAUUUGAUGUUUGUCACUCUCCACCAGUUUUGAUCAGUGAAAAGUUUGAAAUGUUAAAGCCUGGAUUAUCUUCAUUUGACACCGAUACCAAGGGUGCCGCCAGCUCUUUAGAUCCAUUAUUGAAGGUUGCCGUGGAAUCUGUUCCAAAGGAUAAGCAAGGUUGUACUCCAAUUGCAGUUAAGGCCACUGCUGGUUUAAGAAAACUUGGUGUAGAAAAAUCUAAAUUAAUCUUGGAUGAAGUUAGAAACCAUUUAGAAAACGAUUAUCCAUUUGCAGUUGUUCCAGGUGAUGGUAUUUCCAUCAUGGAAGGUCUGAAUGAAGGUGUUUAUGCUUGGAUUACUACCAAUUAUUUGUUGGGUAACAUUGGAAGCUCUGAAAAGACUCCAACUGCUGCUGUAUUCGAUUUAGGUGGUGGUUCUACUCAAAUUGUAUUUGAACCAGAAUUUGGUAAUAAUGAAAAAAUGGCCGAAGGUGAACAUAAGUUUGAAAUUUCCUUUGGUGGCAGAGACUUUACCUUAUAUCAAUUCUCUCAUUUAGGUUAUGGAUUAAUGGAAGGUAGAAAUAAGGUUAACUCAUACCUUGUUUCAUCUGCAUUAAAGAAGAAUACUGAAUUGGCUGCCGCUAAAUUAUCCAAGUCUGCUGCUAAGGAUGCCAAGGCAACCAUUACUCUUAAUAACCCAUGUAUCCCACCAGGGGUCACUGCAUCUGAUGUUGUUGUUGAAAUGGGCAAGGAUGAAUACUAUGUGGUCAACAUGAAGGGACCUUCCACCCCAGGUGGUGCUCAAUGUCGUGCCAUGUCUGAAAAGAUCUUGAACAAGGAUGCUGAAUGUAAACAAGCUCCAUGUUCUUUCAAUGGUGUCCAUCAACCAUCUCUUACUAGAGCUUUCCAAAGAACUUCCGAUAUGUAUGUGUUCUCCUUCUUUUACGAUAGAACCAACCCAAUUGGAUUGCCAACAUCUUUCACCGUUGAAGAAUUGAGUGAAAUGGCCAAGGUUGUUUGUAGUGGAGAUGAAUCUUGGAAGGAUAUUUUACUUGACGAUCACAUUGCCGAAUUAAACAAGGAACCUCAAUGGUGUUUGGACUUGUCCUUCAUGGUUGCCAUGUUGCAUACUGGAUACGAUAUCCCAUUAUCUAGAGAAUUGAAGACUGCUAGUAAGAUUGCCAACAAUGAACUUGGUUGGUGUUUAGGUGCUUCCUUGCCAUUAUUAGAUCAAAAGGCAAGUGGUUGGAAGUGUAAGGUUAAAGAAAUAGCUUAGAAGAGAAACUUAGAGGAAGAAGUAAAUAAGUAAAUAAAUAUAUAUAUAUAUAUAUAUAUCCAUACAUACCUACUAAUUA